UGCGCAGCCAUCUUGAACCUUAGCAAGCAACGGACACAGAAGGCAGAAAAAAAGGGGUAAAAUAUACCAGCCGAGCCUGAGGAAACAAGGAUAUGUCCGCUAGAUUCAAGGAUAUAUGAAAUAAUAAAGGUCGGAUACAGUGGAACGACAAGAGGGCAUUAACGGAGACGGUAAAACAGCCAUUUAAGUGCCUCGGAUACCCGGACCUACAAGUCAUCUUUUUUUGCCGGAGUAGGAAGGAAGAGUCGAGUCGCCGACAGAAACACAUCCAGAGUGAAACCAUGAAUCCCGAAUAUGACUAUCUGUUCAAGCUCCUGCUCAUUGGAGACUCCGGAGUAGGAAAGUCCUGUCUUCUGCUUCGCUUUGCUGAUGACACCUACACAGAGAGCUACAUCAGCACCAUCGGUGUGGACUUUAAGAUCCGCACCAUCGAGCUGGAUGGCAAGACCAUAAAACUGCAGAUUUGGGACACUGCAGGUCAGGAGAGGUUUCGUACCAUCACCUCCAGUUACUACCGUGGAGCCCAUGGCAUCAUAGUUGUAUAUGAUGUGACAGAUCAGGAGUCCUAUAACAAUGUCAAGCAGUGGCUUCAGGAAAUCGACCGCUACGCCAGUGAAAAUGUCAACAAGCUUCUGGUGGGCAACAAGUGUGAUCUGACCACCAAGAAAGUGGUGGACUACACAACAGCUAAGGAGUUCGCUGAUUCUUUGGCCAUUCCCUUCCUGGAGACGAGUGCCAAGAACGCCACCAACGUAGAGCAGGCGUUCAUGACCAUGGCGGCCGAGAUCAAGAAGCGCAUGGGUCCCGGGGCCACAGCCGGCGGCGACAAGCCCAACUUAAAAAUCGAGAGCACCCCUGUCAGGCAGUCCGGAGGGGGCUGCUGCUAAAGGACCCCCUCACCUCACCACCCCCCGACCAUCACCUCCACCAUCUCCACUGAAAUCUCCCCUUUCUUCUCCUUCUGUGUUCCUUCCCAUCAUUGCUGCCACUCCCACAUCCCACCAUUCCUCUCCAUAACACCGUGUAACCCACAACCCAGCCCCCCCGCGACUCCCCCCCUCUACCAGCCCGCCUGAUGAUACAGGGCGGCUCAGCAAACAGCGAGGAGUGAACUAUCAGUGUGUUAAGAUCAGAGAAGAGAUUGAAACUUUAUGAGGGUUAAUUCAGGGCUGUACUCUCACCAAACAACAGAGAGAAGAGAGCAACCUGUGUGUGUGUGUGUGUGUGUGUGUGUGUGUGUGUGUAUGAGAGAGAGAGAGAGGCAGACAAACAGAGACUGAGACAACUUUUACUUUCUGCCAAGACGACAGAAAGAAAACAGAUACGGGGGAAGAUUGGUAUUGAUUUAGAGUGGACCGGAGGCAGUGGAAGAUUAGGUUUAGAUACCAGUGAGUUUCUCUCUACACAUACACACACACACACUGCAGUGGAGUGACAGGGGUUAAAGAGAUUUAAGCCUUUUUGGUCAUACACUUUUCUCCUCAGGCUGUGUCUGUCUUUGCUGGUGUCAUGUUAUGGCCACAACCCCCCUCAUCCCCCAUCCCCCACCCUGCCCGAGCCCAAACUCUGGAUCCCUGGGAUUAUUUAUACACACACACACACACACACACACACACAUACACACACAUACACACGCAGAUGCAGCGUGCUUGAGUCAUGUAGAUGGUUUGUACACAGUAAUAAUUGUUUUGCUGAGUAGCAGCAGCCUGCUAAGAGUGACUCAUCAUUGCCAUUUACUGAUGAAGAUCCAGGGAAAGCCCAUUCAGUGAGCCUCCUCUCCCUCCAUCUGUCCUCUUCCUCAACUUCCACUCACACUUUGUUAAGGUGUGUUCAGACAGAAAGCAAAGUCGGUCUCGCGUCAUUCGCUCAAGUUUGACCGCUGGACUGUUUGUGCUGUUGUGUUGAACAGCCAGUGUACCCCACCAUACAGGCGUUAGCUGCUAGCUAGAAACAGACUCAGUAUUUUCUGUCAUUUCCCUCCAGUCCCUUUUCCUCUCAUCCCUGUUCUUUUAUGAAACAGUUUCAAAAAGGGAUAAGUGCACAUUUUUUUUUUUUUUUUUUUGCUCAAAUUGAAACAUUUUCAACUCCCACCUCAUCUCGCCUCUAAAAUCUGCAUCGCAUUCUGUCUGAACACAACUUAAAGGUCUCAAUAUGCUUCAAGCAAGCUAGGUCGUAUGCAUACUUUUGAACAGUUCUUCCUCAAAGGGUUUCAUGGUGUUGCAUUCGGUUCAAAUGCAAAAAGUUGGCCUAAUUGUCCCAAUGUCCCUUUUUUAUAAAGUUACAUAAAUUACAUGCAAUUCCCUUGAUUCCACUGUGGAGAAGGGGCUUCAGACAAAAAAAAUUGGACGAGCACUUUGUCGCUGACCGGACAAUAAAUGAAAAGAGUUUCCACAAGAGACGUAUUUGUACUUCUGUCUCAGUAACUGAACACCAUGCCUCUUUUGUGGAGCAGUGUAUACUCCAACAUAAAAUUGGAUGGUGUGACAAAAUUCCCUCCUUUUUGGACUCUUUGGUUCCGUGCGUUCCCUUUAGAGGUUAGGACCGUUUGUUCGGUGAAUGGCAUGCGUUCAUGUGUCAAAAUAUGUUGAACUCUACGCAAAGGUUCUGCGCAGAUUAACUUUGCAAAUUCAUUGACAGGAGUUGAUUUCAGCAAAAAAAAAAUUAGUUGUUAAAAUUGCUGGUGGGACCGGGCCCUUAGUCUGAACCAAUAACACAACUAGAUAGGAAUAUCUACAUCCAAAGACAAAUUGUAGUUAGUUUUGAUGGAAGCAUUAACCAAGGGAAUCUUGAACCAAACACUUGAGGUAAAGCAGGUCUGCUGGCGGCUCAGUUAAUUCAACAUAUAGAUGUCAGAGCUGGGAUGGAGGCGGCGGUUUUGAGAACUGUAAUAUAUGGUGUUAGUUUUUUUUUUUUUUCUUUUUGUCAUUACUCUUCAAAGGAAUAAUUUCAUAUGUAAAA